AUGUCAGAAGUGGAUGAUUGGGAUCUCAGAACUUACCCCCAAGAUGUACAAGAUGCUUAUCACAGAUUAAGAACACUCUUACCUGCUCUUGGUCAGUUCAGAGCUCCUCAAGAUCAUGAGUCGAAUCGUAUCCAAGGAAUACGCCAAAAUCUACAAUACUUCAUGCGUGACUACGACGGGUUCCCUGAGUUUGUCGAAGAACAGUCUAGUAUCUUCAAGGAGUCUUGUCCCUCUGGAAUACCAGGCAAAGUCAAGAAGAUGAUUGAUCCUCUACUUAGUUUCUCUCAAAGACUGGUAAAAGCUCUAGCAGAAGCUGAAUUACUCUAUUUCGCACAUGCUGCAGAGAAUUUUUCUGACGAUCUCACACAAUUUACCGAUGUGCAUAUGGGCUCUGAGCAAGACGUCAACCCUUUCGAUCCGGUCGCACUAACCGAUAUACCUCAAGGAGGGUUGCCUAUACUUCAAGCUUCCCCUGCCAAGCGCGCAAGCUGCAACGAUCAAGACACGGAUUUAAUCAAAAAGCUUCGCGCACUUCCACCUAAACCUCCUGCAGUACCUUCUCAUAUCACUUCUACUACUAGAAGUAUUACGAGGACAAGCUCUGCUCCUCUAUCAACUACUAGCGUACCCGUCCGAAACCACGUUCCAGCCAUCAACAGAAUCCUCUUGAGAACCACCUCUUCAUCAACCGAUACUACCGGAUCGACCACAAUCUCCCCUUCAACGUCUACCACCCCGUCCGCUCUCAGCACUCCUCAGACAUCCCUGGAAAAUAUACCUUCAGCUGCAAAAUUCUUGCUCGGCGAAAACGAGCCUUUAGCUACCUCAUCCUAUGUCGAUUACAGCCCAAUCAAGGUCACUGAAGACAAUUAUCGAGCAAAUCUUCACAGACGAGGGGUCAAUUUCUACAUUCAAUGGGAGCUUGAAAGGUUGAUCUCCGAGAGCGAUCUCAUUUCAUGGGGAGAUCUUGAAUUUUCCGACUUGGCGAGUCUAGAAGGACCGUUGUUAGACAUUGCGCCACGACUGAAGAACUUUGUGGAAGGGAUCGAAGAAAGAACGACAUUGAGCAGAGUAACAUCGAUCAAAACGGUCAAAGCAGUCACAGACAGGAAGGCACUCCUACUUAAUGAAGUGGAUAAAGAGGAAAUGUCAAUAGUGAGAAAGGAUCUCAAGGGUGUCGGAAACGAGUCUCUGGAUUGGCCAUACGGUGGUAAGAUACAGUACACCAUCUCGGUGGAACCUACGAAGAUAAAGUCUGAAUUCGCAUCUGUGAUACCCGAAACACAACUCAGUCAAGGCAUCAAUCCCUAUCGCACGAUGUCCCGAUCAAAGUCUGCACCAGUUGACUUCUCGAAUAAACCAGCAAAGCCACUUGGAACGAACUCACCUAUCUCACCAGGCCACUUUCCGUUCAAGUUGAUAUUGAGAGCACCGGAUAUGCCUGGAAAGUCUCACCGUUUGGCUAGAAGAUACGGAUCAAGAAGAAUUUUGAACCUUAAGAUCAAGGAUGUCCCUUCGGGCGAUAGGAGAAGAUUGAAGGAAAUGCUUUUAGGGAGAUGUUUGAUUGUUCUAGGCAGACCUUAUAGGGCUCUGUGGGCAACUGCGGAUGGUCAGGGAGUCAUGUUGGUGGAGACACCCGACCAGGUUUCAGGAGUCAUUUCUGCAGGAAGAGAUCAUGAACCGGAUAUGCCAUCAUUCCAAAUCCUUUUGCAGCAAUACAACGACUUGUGCCAGAAGCCAAAUCAACCGAUGGCGAAAUGGGCCGCACGUCCUCAGCUUUUGUUCUCCGACUCGGUGCCUGCUGCUCGCGUCAAACUAUCAGCCAUACAAGAGAUACCAGAUAUCGUCACUAGAGAAGCUCAAGAAGCGGGAGAUGCGAGGACAGAGCAGAUACUCACCGACGGAUGUGGUUUGAUGUCUGAAAGCCUAGCGCAACGAAUCUUUCAUCAUCCGUCCCUUGCCCUGACUAAUGGAAGACCAUGUGUGGUGCAGAUGCGGGUCGGUGGAUCCAAAGGUCUGUUAGCGCUCAUGUCUCCUUCGCAAGCUGAACAACAUCCUGGAAAGGAAAUCUUGCUCCGCGAUUCUAUGAUCAAGGCGCUCCCGGCUCCUGGCUGCGAGGAAGAUCCAUCGCUACUCACCGUUGACGUCCUUCGGGUCGAAAGCUUGAAGGUUAGAACUUCCUUAUCUUCAGAAGCUAUAAUAGCUAUGGUUCACAACGGUGUUCCCAUUCAUUUAUUCGUGCAGAUGGCGAAAGAUGGUCUAGAGGCUCUCAAAAAUGCUUUCCUGCCUGCUUCCAUUGAAGGAGAGACGGAUGAUGAUGUUUUAAGGAGGAUCUACGCCAGCUGCUACCGGAUUGGAGGGGUCGGUACUGACCGAAAAAAGAGACAAAUUAAGAAUGAAGGCAAGUCUGCCAGAGCAUCCGGUCUGGUGAAGGGAUGGGGGAAUGAGGAGACAGAGGGUGAUGGUAUUUACGACAAUAUGGUCGUUUCUUCGUCGGAGAGAUUUGACAUAGAUCCUAUCAGUGGUCAGCCAGGAAGUAUAGCCGAAGCGUAA